GUGGGGGGGACGCUGAUGGCGGCGAACGCGGGAGCGGGGGGAACGAGCGGAGCCGGCGGUGGGCAGGGGGGGAGCGGGGUCCCGGCGCCUCCGCAGCCGCCUCAGGGUGUGCAAGAAGCCGGGGAGGAGUUGGAAGAAGAGGCCGCGUUAGGGGAAGGGGAAGCGGGGAGGCGGCCAUUGAGGACCCGGAGCUGGAGGCCAUCAAGGCGCGGGUGCGGGAGAUGGAGGAGGAGGCCGAGAAGCUCAAGGAGCUGCAGAACGAGGUGGAGAAACAGAUGAACAUGAGCCCGCCCCCCGGGAACGCCGGCCCGGUCAUCAUGUCCCUGGAGGAGAAGAUGGAGGCGGACGCUCGCUCCAUCUACGUGGGCAACGUGGAUUACGGCGCCACGGCCGAGGAGCUGGAGGCGCAUUUCCACGGCUGCGGCUCCGUCAACCGCGUCACCAUCCUGUGCGACAAGUACAGCGGGCACCCCAAAGGGUUCGCGUACAUUGAGUUCUCGGAUAAGGAGUCGGUGCGGACGUCGAUGGCGCUGGAUGAGUCGCUGUUCAGGGGGAGGCAGAUCAAGGUGAUCCCCAAGCGCACCAACCGGCCCGGCAUCAGCAGCACGGACCGGGGUUUCCCGCGGGGCCGGUUCCGCGGAAGGGGCGGAGCCCACGGCGCCCGCAGCCGCUUCUACGCCGGCUACAGGCCCAGGGGGCGGGGCUACAGGGGCCGCGCCCGCGCCACCUCCUGGUACAACCCCUAUUGACACACACCCCCCCCCCUUAAACUCAUUAAUUAACCGCUUAAUUAACCCCGCCAGGUGUUGUCGCCCCCCCCCGGGUGGGCGGGGCUUCGCCCUGCGCGGCCACGCCCCCUCCCGCCCCGGCCACGCCCCUUCCCCCUCUCCUCCAAUCCCCUUUGAGUCUCUUUAUCGUUGCAGGUGGCGCCAGGAGCCGGGACCGGACCAGGGGGGCGGGGCCUGGGGAGGGGGCGGGGCCACGGGAGGAGUGGGGCGGGGCCUCCGGGGGGGGCGGGGCCAACGGGGCGUGAAUGGGAAUAAAGAGUGCGAGGGGGGUACGA